GCUGUAGUAGUAGUAGUAGUAGACCAGUAGGUAUAGAGAGCAGUGGAGUGGAGUAGCGACACACAGGCGCAAAGACUGCACACACCCAUACGGACUCGCAAGGUGGCUACAGGCAGGCCACGACGCGCGUCAUUCUAUCUCGGCCGGGGGCUGCUCAUGCCUGCCUUUGCGUGUACUCGUGUGCGCGCGCGAAACGCGAUAUUUUGCUUUCCUCCUCGCCAGUACCGCGUGUGCAACCGUAGCGUGCGGAGGCCCUGAGCAGCAACCGACCUAGCGUCUGUCUACUGGCGUUGAAUAAACUCGGCGUAACGCUCGACCUGCUGCUGGAGCAACAGCUACCGACCCAGCUGUACAGGAUAGUAUCGCAUCGACAGUCGAUCCCCCGUGAUUGACUGGAAACGGCCCGAGGCUGAGUAAUAAAAAGAAGGACCGCAAACUGUCGGGCGACGUCGAGAGCGCCAUGCCUGGCUCGCCGGCAACGACCGUGAAAAAUCGAAAGAAAAAUGACAAGAAGGCCGAUAUAGAAGAUCUUGGCGGAAUUUUAGGGGGUUCCGGCACUCUCGGGAUCGCCAUGCGCCAUAGGCCGGAGGAGCUGACCACUCUCGCAGCCAAGACGCGUUUCAGUCGCAAAGAAAUACAGAUGAUUUAUCGGGGAUUCAAGCAGGAAGCGCCGACCGGCUACGUCGAUGAGGACGCUUUCAAGCACAUUUUUUCACAAUUCUUCCCGCAGGGCGAUGCGAGUCAAUAUGCUCACUACGUAUUCAACACGAUAAAGCAAAAGCAGACUAGCGGCAAAAUAAACUUCGAAGAAUUCCUAACAAUCCUGUCGAACAUAUCGCGCGGCACAGUCGAGGAGAAGCUCCAGUGGGUAUUCGGCCUGUACGAUCUUGACGGCGACGGUCUCAUCAGCAAGGAAGAAAUGAUCGACGUAGUUGGCUCGAUUUAUGACAUGCUAGGACGAUACACGACCCCGCACAUCAACGAGCCGCAUCAAGCGGCCCGAGAGCACGUCGAGCGUAUAUUUCACUUGAUUGAUGCCAACAAAGACGGAUUCGUGACGAUCGAUGAAUUGGUCCAAUGGUGUUCUAAGGAUGAGCAUUUAAUGGCCAGCUUCGACACGCUUGAUACCGUACUGUGAAGUGGCAUAAGUUAUCCUCGAAUACAUCAUUUUUAAGUUUACGGCGAGGAUGCCGUUGAUCAACGCAAUAUUUAUGAUGGUUUUGUUCUUUUUAAAAAGCAAAUGCGCCGAGUAAACCACGGCUUUGCUAAUUAUGUCGUAGUAAUAUUGUCACCCUAUGCAUUAUUCGACAUACUUUUCUUUCCUUAACUCUUCGAGCCCGGGAUUUUUUUGACGCUCGCUAUUUCCAUAGAAAAGUGAUCUAAGAUAAUCAACUUAAAACCAGAGCAAGGGUAAAUGUUCGCUGCUUCCCGCGUACACAAGUAGCCCCACGUUCUAAGGCUUAAUAUAUUGUUAUACAUUUCUAGGAAUUGAUAACAAAAGUUCCAAAAUUUGUCCAAAUAAUAAUUUUAAGGCAAUUUUCGCUUCGAUACUAGUUGUUUUAGUUUCUGCAGAAAUUUUGCAGUGUCUUUUCACCUAAAUACAACAAAAAUAAACUAUAAAAAUGACCUUGAUAUGAUUUAAAAAACCAAAAAUUGUUAUCAUUGGAUUACGUAAAGAUUGCCGCAAACGAACCAUGGUUUCAGAACCGUUAGUUCUAAACCUUAAUAUAAAAUAUAAAAAGAACUAAAUUAAAAAAUUUCAAUAAAUGUUAAUUAUCGAAUUGAUAAUACUAUUCUUGGUUUUUGUUUUCUUUUUAAAGACAUAAUAGUAUGAUGUUACGAGUAACGUUGUGAAAAUGUAAAGAGCGUAUUGAAAUAGUUACGAAAAUAGCAUGAAUUGUUUUUUGAGUGUUAACGCAUUUUAAUGUAUAAAAAAUUCACUUUAUGUUUGUGAUUAAUUGCAAACAAGAAAUCUUGAUUUCAUUAGAGAUCUUUACGAUCCAUGUAUUGCAUUUAAUGUAAUAUAAAUUCCAUUAAUGUAAAUAAAAAGUCUAUGAAUACAUUAAAUUUUCAAAAAAUGAUUUUUCAUUAUACCCAUUAAAACGAUAGAAUAUGUUAGUAAAAAAAUGUUCAAUUUUUUUUAAAUAAAAUCAUCUGUAACUUGCUAUAUAAGUAUUUCAAUUUUUGACCACAUCAUUUUGUGAUAUGUAUUAACACACUUUCUUCAUCCAAUAAAUUUUAUAUGAUAAUUUUUUAGAAAAAUUUAUUUCUUACACGUAUAUGUAGUUGAAUCGUUGUUGAUACUUAAUUGUUUGAAAUCUUCUUACGUAUUACGCGUUGAAACUGAAAAAAUUCCUUGGCUCUUCCAAAAUUUCUGAUUUUCAUUUCUAAAAGAAUGUAUAGGGAUUUAUAAAAGAUCUAUAUGGUUUUUUAAAAUUAAUAUCAAACAUUUCUGGAAAUAUUCUGAUAACCCGAGUGAGCGAGGUAAAGCGCUUUUUAAUAUUAAAAAUUAUGAAAUUUUAUGGGAUUGAUAUAAUUUUUCUUUUGUUUUAUCAAAAAAAAUAAUUAGAAAUUUAAAAGAACACGAGCAUGUAUGAUGCCAAAUUUGCAUAUAUUAUAAAAUAUAUCAUUUACCGAUGUUAUAAAAGAUGUACUUAGAUUCUAAUGUUUUAUUAUUUUAUUAGAUUACGUUGACUCUAUAAUGAUACCAAACGUUUUAAUUGAUAUAUAACGGUGUUUUCAUAGCGUUUGUAAAUAAACAUUUUAUCGUCUUAUAACAAUUUAAUUUAAUUAAUUGUUUAACAUAAAGAGAAUUUAAUGAUCUAUUUAUGAACCCAGAGAGUCUUUCAAAAAUGUUCAAAAAUAAAUAUAUGUAUGCAUAUAAUCUAAAAAAAUUAAAAAGCUAUAACUUAAUUUCGUAUAAAAUAAAAUUUAAAGUUUUUUUCAAUAUAAAUCCAUUCAAUAAAGUACUAAUUAGUGUCGUAAGCUCAGGACAUUGUUAAAAUUAAAUAUUAAAUAUAUGGAGAUUUUAGAGAUCGAUUAAUUAAAAAAAUCUAUAUCUUACUAUAUUGAAUAGAAAAAUUAUUUCAAGUUUUAUAUCCCAAUUGAAAGAAAUUGAUAAUUCUAAUAAAAUACCUAAUAAAAUGAUGAAGACACCUUACAAAUCAGGUAUUUAACAGAAUUUAUCAAUCUUUUUCAGUCAGAAAAUCACGAACUAAUUAAAUAUAAGAUGUAUAAAAAAGUAUUAUAUUGUUAUUGUGUCGUUCAAUUCAAAGAUUUCAAAGAUUGUGAAAAACAAAUUAGAAUUGAUACAAAAUAAUUCUUAGCAACUCGCAGACCGACUUACAGUAAACGAUAGUUAAUUAUUGUACACUGAAUAUAUUUCAGUUAUAAGACUCAUACCUUGUUUUUUCAGCUGAUAGAUACUCUGAAAAAUUAUAUAUCCUCUGUAAUUUGUUUAUGGCCAACGUACCUGUUAGAUUAAUUAAUACAAAUUGAUGGAGCAGUAGGUGUAUAAAUAACGAAUUGAAGCAUUAUAAUGUGUAAAUAAAUUUUCAUUAAAUGGUUGUUUGUCUUCUUACUCUACUAAAAAGAUAUUUGAAACUUUUUAGAAAUUGACAUGACGUUACUAAGUACAUUUUUAACAUGCCCAUUUACUAUGAAUGUAUUCUACCAUGUAGUAACUUGCAUUUAAUCCAUUUUACAACAUUUGAAUGUAUAUAGGAAUAAUGUGUAAAUUUUAGAAAAAAAUUAACACUCCCUCGAAUUAAAUUUGAAUUAAUUAUACUAUUAUAAAUACUAUUAUAAAUUAUUUAAGUAAAAAAUACUUGCUCUAAAAAUUUUUUUAUAAAACUUUCAAUUCUUUAAUCAAUUCGAAAAUGUAGCUAAAUGUAUAAAAAUACAUUGAAAAUCUCAUUGCAAUUGAAAAAAAAUCAAAGGCUGAUAACCUUCUAGCAAGUAAUUUUUCAUUACUUUAUUAUAAGAUUACAAAAGAAUCAUUUCUAAAUUGAUUAUUAUUUACAAAUUAAACUUAUUAUUAUUUGUUAAUAAAGAUAAUAAUAAUUGUAUUUCAAUUUGCGAUCGUAAUUUUUAUCAUAACUAAUGGGUUUUAUGGAUUUUUUACUUGAGUAUAGAAAAAUAAUUAUUAAUAUAUACUAUAGAAAUAUGAAUAAUUUCUUUCUCAAAAUUUAAUAUGUAUUAAGCAGGGUGAUGAUUUAGAACCAAAAUCGUCAAGAAUGUGUCAUAAAUUUACAGCAAUAAACAUUAUUUAAGAGUGAUAA